UGCAGCAAAAGGCACAAAGUUGAGCUACAAAUAUGCCACUUUUUAUAAUGUGAACACAGAAAAGAAGUGUUCGAUGUAAUGUCAGAUAGAGGGCAUCGAUCCUAGCUAGUUAGCAUCAUUUUUUUUCUAUAUAAACAGUAAUUCUUAGCCAAACCAACAGUAAGCUAGUGUUUGUUCUUGUUCUGUUGUCUACCUUAAUGGGUGCCGGGUUAUCACAAGAUCAGGAGUUGGAGCCAAAUGGCGAAGAAUCGAGCAAGAAUGGGAAACAAAGCAAGAAGGGUGAAGCCAAACAAAAUCAGAGUAGCAAACGAGUUUCGUUACCUCAUAACAGUGGAGAUAUUCUGAAGCAUGCUGAUUCACCAGUUGAUAUAUCCACAACAAACCUGGAAGUGCUUUAUACGGGCGUUUUCUUGAACCAGAAGAGGAAGAAGUACUGGGUUGACAAGCAGUCGAACUGCAACUGCUUCAUGAUUUUUGCACAAAGUCUUUCGAUAACUUGGGCGGAGGACCAAAGAUUCUGGCAUUGGCCCUUGUUGAAAGAAUCAAGUGAUGAGAAUCUUGCAGUUGCUGAACUACUCGAUGUUUGCUGGCUAGAGGUGCAUGGGAGGUUUGAGGUAGCAAACCUUUCACCAGGACGACUGUACGAAAUUGUAUUCAUUGUGAUGCUGAAGGAUCCUGCUUACGGAUGGGAAGAUCCUGUGAAUCUGAGACUCACUUUACCCGACGGAACUAGGCAAGAGCGUAAAGAAAAUUUGAUGGAGAAGCCAAGAGGGAGAUGGAUAGACAUCCCAGCGGGAGAAUUCAAAAGCUCCACUGAGAAGACUGGAGAAAUGGAGUUCUCUUUAUACGAAUACGAGGGAGGGAAAUGGAAGAGAGGGCUAUUAAUUAAAGGAGUGAAGAUCCACCCAAAAGCUUGAGUUCAGAAACAUCGGGCUCUCACUGAACAUAUAAUCUUUACUUCCAUAUAACAAUGAUGUAUAAGUUUCUGCUUUAGUAGGACCAGUGAAAGAGUGGACUAAUAAUUGCAUAUUCUUCAGACUUACAUAAUCUGAAGGAGCAAAUUCUAGUUGUCCUCAUUCAUGUGUGUUCAAGGAGCAAGAUAGGUUGUUUAUUUUCA